GCGCAUGGAAAGCAAUCAGACCUUUUCAGUUAUCCAUUCGUGGCUAAGGCCAAGAAAGCAGGAGCCCUCGACUUGAGUAGGCUAGUGUAGUGGACUACAGCUCCCACAAGUCUUUGCCGUUGGUCGUAGGGAGAUUCACGAGUAGCCUCAAUAGCCGCUUUGGGGAAACCAGUGUAUUGGCUGAGCACAUUGGGAGAAAAGCACAAGAAAAGCUGUUAAAAGUGGACCACCGUUAAUAAGGGAACUGUCUUCUUUACACAGGUAUCGCGAUUUGCUCCCUCCUCCAGUGGACGUACGCGUACUUAUUGUUCCUUUUAUUGAAGGAGGAUUAAACAAAAACUUCCAACGAGGAAUUUCAGGAUGUUGGUCUGAGACAAAGGGGUCCGGGGCAUUGCAUUCGGAGUGGGUUGAUUUCAUAGCCUACUCUUGGUGCGUUCUGGAUGGGAAGAAAUGGAAACAGAGUCGCAAUGGUGGAAAGGACAGCUGGCUGCGGAUAUCCAUCAAGCUCUCCGCAUAAAAGAGCUGAAGUUGCCUGUCUAUCAUGCCCACUCUCCCCAAAUUGGCAUGCGCCGCUACUUUGCCGACUUGCUGGCCAUCCUGAGUAACCGCUACCAGCUGUGUGCCACAGCUCGCCAUCUGGCUGUCUACCUCCUGGACCUCUUCAUGGACCAUUAUGAUGUGGCCAUCAAGCAGCUCUACGUCAUUGCACUCUCCUGCCUCCUCCUAGCCAGCAAGUUUGAGGAGAAGGAGGACCGCGUGCCCAAGCUGGAGCAGCUCAACGCGCUGGGCAUCAUGUGCAGCCUCAACCUGGUGCUCAACAAGCGCGACCUCAUCAAGAUGGAGCUGCUGCUGCUGGAGACCUUCAGCUGGAACCUGUGCAUCCCCACGCCGGCCCACUUCAUCGACUACUACCUCCAGGCCUCCGUGCAGGAAGGCGACCUCUACAACAGCUGGCCACUCGCCUCCAUCUCCAAGACCAAAGCGUUCAUGGACAAGUACACCCACUACUUCCUGGAGGUGUCUUUGCAAGAUCACGCCUUCCUGAGCUUCCGGCCGUCCCAGGUAGCGGCGGCCUGCGUGGCGGCCUCCAGGAUCUGUCUGCAGAUCAGCCCCAGCUGGACCACUGCCCUGCACCUGCUCACCGGCUACACCUGGGACCACCUCACCAAGUGCAUCGAGCUCAUGCUGCUUGCCCAUGACAACGAUGUGAAGGAAGCCAACAAAACCAAAUCUCCACAUCCCUCCAGCCAGGUGUCCUUGCAGUCGGUCGCCCAGCACAUGCACCUCUCGCCUGUCUCUGCAGUGCAGCGACCCGCCUUGACCUCCAGCGGCCUCUCCUCCUCUUCCUCCUCCUCCUCCUCCUCCUCCUCCUCCUCCCAGGCGUUGCUCUUCCAGGCGCGGGAGUUCCCCCACCUGUCGCAGCACUCGCCCUCGCUGGCCCAGCUGCACGCGCUGGCCGUGUCCGAGCCGCAGGCGCUGGGCGCCAUGGUGCCUCAGGACUUCCUGCACAGCCACCGCAUGGGCAUGCUGCCGGGCGCGGAGAUGGCGGGCGCCCUGCCCACCUACCAGAGCCUCCCCGCGGGGCUGCCGACGGGGCCGCGCGCCCUGGCCCUCCAGGGGCCCAUCUCCAUGCAGGUGGCCAUCGCGGCCGAGCCCCGCCACUGCAUGAGCAUGGCCGCCUACGCCGGGGGCUACCUGGGCGCCCACCCCACCUUCAGCGCCGGCUGCUUCAACAGGUGACGCCAGGAGCGCGAGAGGAAAGGCAAGCGGGAGCGCCCGAGCAGCGCCGCCACCACCGCGCCCCUCUCUCUCGCCACGCCGCCCCCGCCCGCCUCGCGUCCACCCCCGCCCACGCUGCGCGACCGCCGCCACAAGCACAGGCCCAAGCCAAACACCAGCAGAGACCCCGUGGAGGUCAUCACUCUGACGUGACACUGAAGACUCGCAGACCUCGUUUGGUCUCUCUGGAGCUACUCUUUAAAAACCAAGGGAAGUACGCUUCCCGUCACUGUGAUCUUUUUGUAGGAAGCCAUGUAGCAUAUUCGCCCAUAUGGCUUCUCCUGUCUGUCCUCCAUCCCUGUGGAGCAUGACUGAACAUGAACACACCAGGGACGCAUACUUGAGCUGCUUGACGUGCUUCACUAUGAAUUAAAACUAGUGUGGCCAGUUAACUCCAGCUCACAACGUAAGAAGAACCACUGACUGAAACCCACUAUACGAGUGCUAUUUGCUGAGCAACUGAGGUGUUUCAAAGUGUCUGCAGGGUUGGGAAGAAUCAAAUGUGUCCAAACACUGUUUCUGUUCACUCUCCUCAUGGCCUGUUCCUCCAGCACUCUGGAGUCACACUGCUGGUUUGAUGCCUUUGAAGAAAAGCUUUUGAAAUCCCGUUUUAUCCUCAAAAUGGACACUUUUAUUGCCUAGGGAUUUCUUUUUUUUUAUUUCCCUUUUUUUUUUUUUUUAUUAAUAUCCUUAUUAGUAUCCUUUUGGUAACCAAUGCUGCUGCCCUUUCUGGACUAAUGAACUGAACAAGUAUAGAGUUUAUAAGGAGUAUUUCCUCAGAUAUGUUUACACAGAUCUGUUUCAUCAACCAUGUGGUAUCAGGGAUCAGGGACUUAAUGGAUUACUUGAAUAUGAAACCAUUUACCUAAGGUUUAUUUAUACUUUUUAUAAGUUGUUUUAUUUGUACUCUUUAGUUUAGUUUAUUUUUUUUUUAUUUACAGUAUGAAAACACUGUUGAUGAGAAAUGUUUCCCCUCAAUAAAGCCGUAUCCCUUGA